AUGGGAACAAAUUCGAUAUGGAUGCAACUUCCACUAAUAACCGCCGUUCUUCCAGAAGCUUGGAGUCUUCCCUCGGAUCUUUACGGCUAUCCGGGUGGUGUUGGAAUGGGUCACAGCUCCCUCUCAUUGAUUCAAGGAAAUAAAGAGGCGCUCAUAAGAAACAAAAGAAGACGGCAAGGCCUUUACCUGGAGAGAAGACAUCCCGUAGAAGGCAAGUCGUUAGUACACAAAGAAGUGAAAGAAGGCUCGAUUGUUGGCUUCUCUUACUGCUUUGACGCCCUUGUGAGUGCGCAGAUGAAUGGAAUCAUUCCCAGCUAUGCGGCGCUUCCAUAUUCUCAGUUGGUCUAUGGUCUCGGAAUAACGCUGUCAAACAUCGUCUCACCAUUCACAUCUUUUCUGCCGUUUUUCGUACAAAUCAGAUCAAUUCCUUGCUUAACA